AUGAUUGGAGAAGUGUUGUCGUUGGUGGAGCUAGGGGUCUCGACGGAGUCACCGGAGAUCAACUUAGUACCACUUGGGGUAAGAGUCUUCACCGGAGAUCAGAAGAUGUCGGGUUACUCAUCUUGGUUUGAGUUAAAGAAGAAAAGCGAUUUGAGUUUCGCGAAGAUGGUGAGUUGGGCGGUUUGUGCUUCUUCUUCUUCAUGGAUGGCGGCGGUUCAGAGUACGAUUCAAGGAAUUUGCGCUGACGAAGGAGCUUUCGUCGGGUUGCAGCUAGAUUCGACAGAAUUUCGCACUAAAAUUCGCCCGUUGACUUUUCUAGGGCUGUUAAGGGCUUCCUUUUACCAGUUGCAAGGAGAAUCUAGUAGGACGGGUCAAAAGGAUUUGGUUCUAUCAGGAAACGAGAACAUUAAGGAGACAUUGCCUGUUACUGAUAACACAUCUCAGUCAUCUUCGGAUGUGGAGCUUGAAGAAGACUCUUCCGACAUUUUAUUUCAAAGAGAUGUUAAGGGAAGCUUGGUUCUCUCACGCAGUAGUAAGCUCGGGUAUGUUUCGACUCUCCCAAAAGCUCAAACUGAUGAAGAAAUUCAUUAA